GGGACACCGCGGGUCAAGGAUAUACAAUAUAUACCGAGCUAACUCCCGUCUGUACACGGUCAAUCGUUUCAAAAACCCUAACGAUUGUGGUUCGUUUUUAGCCACAGCCUCGGUACCACGAACAAAUAAAAAUUCAAAAAAUAAAUUAAAACAAAAACCAAUCGAAAAUAACAAUUAAUUUAUCCAAGUCGACGAGAUCUUGAUCACACUAUCGAAUCGUUCGAUUUUAAUUAAAGAAAACACAAACGGAUCAAACAAGGUGGUUGUUAUCUAUCGUUAUUUUGAGAUAGUUGUUUCGUUUAGUUUUUGGCUUUAAUUGUUGGUUGUCAAAAUUGAGGUGAUUUUUGAUGUUGUUUUUUUGGUGAUGUUGUGAUGUGGGGUUUUUGUGAAUCGGAGAUCGCCGAGCAGAGAGGAGGUUUGGCGCCAGUCGAAACAUGUUGACCUCGAGGAAUGGAGGCGGUGCGAUGUUAACAUGAUAGGGGAAGAGAUAAAUAUUUUCUUCUUGUCGUUAUCGUGACGGUAGUGGUGAUCGGCCGGAGCAUGCGUUCCGGCGAUGAGUUCUCAGAGCUCGGAGGUGAUCCUGGUGGUGGAGGUGGAGGUAGCAGUGGUAGAUAUGGUCCGGGGGCUCCUGGAGGAGGACCCGCGGCGUGGUCGUCGUCGGCGCGGGCUACACCGGCUGGUAGCCGAAGUCGAACACCAGCCGAAGUCACCGACGACCCUCUCGGGCCAAACGGAAGCCCCAGGACGACGACACAUUCAAGAGGACCUGGAGUUGUCCCUGGAGGCGGGGGUGGUGGACGACCCGGACUUUAUUAUUCGCCACCGGGCACUUCUUAUACGAUCAUCGAAAGACCUUCUUCGGCAAUGCAUCAUCAUUCACAGGGUCGAGAUUAUGGAAUGCAACAUUUUAGCACGAUGAGUCCUAGAGGUACAUAUUUGGGUUCGAAUCCGAAUUUUCGUAGCACCCCGGGUAACAACAACAAAAAGCGUCCAAUUUCGCCCGAACAAGUAUUGAGACUCUUCGGUAACACUCAAUCGAACGCCAAGUUGAAUUCGGAGCGUCCUCGAAGAUCACCGGCUAGCAGUCCGCCUUCUACAACUCAUCAAAGCAACUAUCGCGUUCCAUAUGGACCCAGUUUACAUGAAUUGUCCACAAGAACGAUUACGAUGGUGCGAGAUCCAGCGGAUGGAACACACGGUUUCGGGAUAUGCGUGAAAGGUGGUAAAGAAGCCGGUGUGGGCGUUUACAUCUCGAGGGUUGAAGAGGGUAGUGUUGCUGAAAGGGCCGGGCUCCGACCUGGAGAUUCGAUACUGGAAGUAAAUGGGACUCCUUUUACUGGGAUAUCACACGAAGAAGCUCUCAAGAUGUUAAAAUCAUGUAGAAAACUGAGUAUGACCGUAAAAUCACCAACGUUAUCCGGUGGAUUUGGUGUAAUGGGUGGAUGUAGUUGGCAUACAAGACAAACGUGUUCGUGGAUGGAUCGUCAGGGAAGACCCGUUUCGCCACCCUUAGAAUAUAGCAGAGGGGGUCAAAUACCGCCUCAAAGAUACGGUUACGGAAGAUCAUCAAGUAAAGAUAGAACGGUACGAAGGGUUGAUUUAUGCAUAGAACCUGGACAAAGCUUAGGAUUGAUGAUUAGAGGUGGUGUGGAGUACAACUUAGGAAUUUUUAUAACGGGUGUUGACAAGGAUUCGGUCGCCGACAGAGCUGGGUUGAUGGUUGGAGAUCAAAUUCUCGAAGUCAAUGGACAGUGUUUUCUCGAUGUCACCCACGAUGAGGCCGUUUCGCAGUUGAAGUACCACAAGAGGAUGUCGCUGUUAGUGAGGGAUGUCGGGAAAGUACCUCAUUCUUGUACGGCUUAUGAUAGGGAAUGGGAUUUAUGUAGUCCGGGAAGUAGGGCAGCUCAAGCAACAAGAAAAUGGGCAGCAUCAAUGCAAAUGGUUGAAGAAAAAGCAAGAUGUUUAUUAUCCAAGCCUGAAUUUACAACACUGUGUUAUUAUACUGAUGAAUAUUCCGCUAGACAUAUGACCAUAGAUGCCUUCGUACAAGUUCUGACCGAACUACUCAAUACCGCUGAAAAGUACACACUAAUGACUGAAAUACGCGAAAUAGUCGCCCUGGAAGAUCGGAUGCGUUUCGAUGAGCUAGUUUAUAGAAGCGAGGUAGACAUGCCAAGAAGAAGAGAUCCUAGAGAACACGAUUACAGACAUUCCAGGAGAAAAGGAGUCCCGGAUUCCAACCACUCUAUAUUAAUGCCCGGCUAUGACGAAUAUUCUUACAAUGAAGAUGAAUACCGCUCGCCAAGCGAAGAUUCAGGAGUUGGCAUGGCUAUUAGCGAUCGAGUACAAAGAGGUAGACCUGCAAGUGCAGCAAAUACGACCGGAAAACACUUAACCGAAAUGAGCGAGCAAACGACACAGGACUAUACGAGUGGCGAUGAGGACAAUCCACCGGGAACAAGAAGUCGACGUCACUCAAGUCCCGGAGAAUCUCGAAGCGGAAGCGUUACCGCCCUGCAUCAACAGGAUUACCCCGAUUCGGACCAGACUGGUUACCUCGGAGGCCUGCGGUCGAGCUUAGGUGGCUGGACGCAGAAAGUGAAAUCUUGGUACUGGGGCAGACCAUUAGAACUUGCUCAUAAAUUAUCACGUAGCUUCGAUAUGAAAGACGAACAAUCGCUUCUUGAAGGUGAAGGAGGUAUGAGAAGACACCAAUCCAUGCAAAGAUUAGCUAGGGGCGAAGGACUGGCGUCAGGUGAUCGAUCCGAAGCUCCAAGAGUUGUCACUGACGCAGAAGGUAACCUCCGGAUAAGCGUAAGAAAAACCAAACCCAUCUUGGGUAUCGCCAUAGAAGGAGGAGCCAACACCAAACAUCCAUUACCAAGAAUAAUUAAUAUUAAUGAAAAUGGUGCUGCUUAUAGUGCUGGUGGUUUAGAAGUAGGUCAAUUAAUUCUUCAAGUGGACGGUACAAGAGUUGAAGGUCUUCAACAUCAAGACGUCGCGCGUUUAAUAGCCGAAUCAUUUGCGCGUCGAGAUCGCGAAGAUAUUGAAUUUUUGGUGAUCGAAGCGAAAAAGAGUAACCUGGAGCCGAAACCCACGGCGUUGAUCUUCCUGGAAGCUUAACAUUUGCUGAGCCUCCCCGCUAGUGACCCGCCAGGGCCCGCACAGAUCACCGAUUGAAAUUCUUUAAAUUAAAGAAAUUAAAAUAAUAAUAAUAACAAAUUGAAAGAUGAGGGGUGUUAAAAAUCUUGGGAUCGCCCAAAAUAUGAAACAAUAAGCUAACUAACCUACAUAAACAUAUCACAUCGCGCGUAAUAGACGUGUAGACCUUGCACCAACAGAGGCCUACUGCCGCUUGUGUAGGUUAGAUUAUUGAAUCGUAAGUAAUCUUUAAAACAAUUCACUUUAUUCCUAACACAUAAAUAUUACUCAAUAUGAUAAAACAGAAUUUAUUGUUUCUGGAUAUCCUUUUCAAAUCAAUCCUUGUCAAAAUUCGAGUAGCAGAGAGAGAGAAAGCAAGGGAGAGUUGAAUGGUGUUUGGUUAUGAUGGUUGGGUAGACAAGAAAGCCGCAUGCCAAAAGGCACGUCGAUCGUCUUGAUAUUUUAUACAUAAUGACAGUAAUAUUAUUAUAAGUUACCAAUAUGUUGCCUCUAGCUCAUUUCUGCAGUCUUGCAUUUAUGCAGUGAGCUGCAAUGAUCACUCCUAAGCUACAAUUCGCAGUGAGCAGCUAUUAUUAUAAGCUGCAGUCUUAGUUCUGCCGAAUUGAUUUGCUUUUUACAUGCUACCUGUAGCUAUAAUCAUCAGUCUUCAAUGUGCAGUUAUGAUUUGCUAUAUAGCUUGCAUUCUGCAAUCUUCAAGAAAAGUAUAAAACAUUACCAUUAACACAUUAACACUACCAAAUACUUCUUCUUCUUUCUCUUGCCCCAUUUCUACAUCUUCCUAUCUCUGGCCAUAGUCCGUACUUCGGUGAGUCUCUUCCCUCUUCUUUCAACCAUCUUCUCAAUCUCUCCCUCCCAUUGAGCUCUUGUCUACCACGCUUUCUCUUUCCUUCUGGCCUCAUCUUGAACAUUUUCUUAGUUAUUUUAUCUUCUUUCAUUCAAACCAGAUGACCAGGGUUGUACCAAACGUUUUAAGCUUAAUUAAUCUGAUGUUCUUGUUCCGUAUCCUAUCUCUUCUGGUUUUCCCCAUCAUCUUGUGUAGGUACUUCAUCUCUGCUGCUGUUAUUUUCGAUUUGUGCUUGUCCAACAUCGUCCAAGUUUCUGACUAAGUGUGCACUACCAAAUACGCUGCUACAUAAAAUACAUUUGGCCAUGUAAUUUCCUAGACCUUUAAUUUGAACUAAUAAUUUCGAUUAAAAUAUCAAUUUCAAUCCAGCUUUUCCAUAAAUUCAAUUUUAUAUUAAUACCAUUAAAUGCAAUUCCAUCCCUUUCAUUCUAUUUAAAUUGUAAUUACGCCACAAUUUAAUUUACUUAAUUACAACAUAGCUUGAACACUUUUAUUUGAAUUUUAAAUAUUCUCGUUUUCUUUCAUCUUGAACGAACGACGAACGAGAAAGAAAUUUACAUUUUAAUAGUUUUCGCGUUAAUUUCGGUUUUAAAGACCUUCACCUUAUUGACUUUUCACCAAUUUUCGUUUUAAAUUAUUAUUAUUUAAAAUUAACUCCUAACAUUAAAAUUUUUAGUUUUUUAUUUCAAUAUCACAAUUAAAGAUAACUUGCGAUUCUCCCAUAGUCACAUAUAAUAUGCAUAAAUAAACCAUUGCAAUGUUAGAUUCGCAAAAUGAAGAAUUUGAUAAUUUAUAAUGCAUGGUGUAUGGAUGAAAUAAAUUAAAUGAUAAAAAGCUUCCAUACAUAAUGCAUUUUUGGAUUAUUAUAAUUGUUCAAAAUAGUAAUUUUCACACACACGUCUAUAUUGUGUAGGAUGCUUUAAAAUAAUAAUAAAACGAAGUUUUUCCUCAGCUUUUCUGUGUGUAGAUUGCAUGAAAACAGCACAUUAAAAAAAAAGGAAUUUACCAAAAAUAAAAUGAAAAAUAAAUGGUUGUUAAUAUGCAUAUUAUAGAAAAUCGUUGUACUUAAUAAAAAUUAUUAAUGAAAAAAAAAAAAAUAAAAAAAUUCGGUGAUAAAAUUUAGCGAAAAUACUAGAGGGAGAGGCACGAAACCUAAAUAAUAAUAAAGCUAAUAAAAAUAGAAUAAGAUCGUUAAUUUUA